AACUCAUAUUUAUUUAUUACACUGGCAACAUUUAGAUCAAAACUUCAAAUUAAAGUGAUAGAGAAUUGCGAAUCCACUUUUAUUUGAUUAUGAUUAAUUUUAUCGUGAAAAUAAGCUGAAAGCGUUACGGUUGCAGAAUUAUAAACGUGUGCGUUACUGGAUUACUCGAUACAACCGAGGUACAUGGUAGCUGUUUGUGAUGAUGUCUCUGAAGCCCCGGAACGUAGACUUUACGGAGACAUGGGCUCACCUCAAGGAAACGGUGGCGGGCGUGGUGGGUCUGCGCGCGGUGGAGCGCUCGGUGUGGAACACGCGCUUCUCCGACGUGUACGCGCUCUGCGUCGCGCACCCCGAGCCGCUCGCCGACCGCCUCUACGACGAGACCAGGUCAUUCCUGGAGGAGCACGUGUCGGGGCUGCUGCAGCGCGUGCGGGGAUCCGCCUCGCUCGACAACAACGACCACAACGACGGCCUGCUCACUAGGUACGUGACGGCGUGGCGCGAGUACAGCCAGGGCGUGGCGUACCUCAACAGUCUGUACUCGUACCUUAACCUGCAACACGUCAAACGACAGAAGGUGUCGGACGCGGAGAUCAUCUACGGCUCGUCCGCCACCGUCACGUGCCCCGAGCACGACGCACGACAGCUCGAGGUGGGAGAACUGGGAUUGGAGAUCUGGGAGCGAGUAUUAGUCAAACCCCUCGCCUCCGCACUCACAGGCCGCAUCGUGAACGCGCUGGCGGCGGCGCGCGUGUCCCCCCCCGACCCCGCGCUGGCGUCCACGCUGCGCGAGGCCAUACACUCCACCGUGCAGGUGCGCGCCUUCCGCGUGCGCGCGCCGCUGCAGCUCUACCAGCAACUAGUACUGGAGCCGUACCUCGCCGCGGCGAGCGCGUCGCACGCAGCGCUGGCGGCGUCGCUGCUGGCGGGCGGCGACGUGGCGCACUACACGCGGCACGCGCUGGCGGGGCUGGAGCGCGAGGUGGCGCUGGGCGCGCGCUUCCUGGACGCCUCCUCCGCCGACGCCGUGCGCAGCGCCUACGAGCGAGCCGCCGUCGCCGCGCACCUGCCCGCCCUGCACGCCACCGUGCGCCAGCUGCUGCGCGACGCCGCCGCCAGCGACCCCGCCGCCAGCGAGCGUCGCGCAGACCUGAAGCGCAUGUACACGCUGCUGCGUCCGCUGGGCGCCGCCGCGCUGCGCCCGCUCGUCGACGCAGCACACGCGCAGGCCGCCGCCGACGGACACGCGCUGCUCGCACAGCCGCACAACAAGGACGAGGCUCACACGCACUUCGUGAGCGCGAUGCUGGCGCUGCACGGCAAGUACAGCGCGCUGUUCGGAGACGUGUUCGGCGGCGCGCAGGCCUUCGUCGGCGCACUCGAUAAGGCAUGCAGCGCGGUGGUGAACUCUCGCUUGCCGCUGGAGACGGGCGCGCGCGCGCCGGAGCUGCUGGCGCGCUACUGCGACGCGCUGCUGCGCCGCCGCGGUAGUGACGCCGACGACAAGCUCGCCGCCGCCAUCGUCGUCUUCAAGUACGUCGACGACAAGGACGUCUUCCAGAAGUACUACGCGCGGGCCCUCGCACGCAGGCUCAUACACCAGCUCAGCGCUAACAUGGAACAGGAGGAGGCAAUGAUCAACCGUCUGAAGGCGGCGUGCGGCUACGAGUUCACGAACAAGCUGCACCGCAUGUUCACCGACGUGGCCGUCUCCGCGGACCUCAACGCCAAGUUCCAGCAGCACCUGCGCGACAACAACCUCGCCUCCAGCACCGGCUUCUUCAUCCAGGUGCUGCAGGCGGGCGCGUGGCCGCUGGGCGGCGCGAUGGCCCCGCUGGCGCCGCCGCAGCAGCUGGAGCGGCCGGCGCGCCUGUUCGAGGCCUUCUACCGCGCCUCCUUCAGCGGCCGCCGCCUCGCCUGGCUGCACCACCUGUGCACGGGCGAGCUGCGCCUGCGCUACACGCCGCGCCUCGUGCACGUCAGCGCCUCCACCGCGCAGUGCGCGCUGCUGCUCAGCUUCGAGACUGUGGACACGUGGCUCGCGCGGGAGCUGAGGGACUCGGCGCAGCUGCCGGGCGAGGCGUGGGCGCGGCACCUGCGGCCGCUGCUGGACGCGGGGCUGCUGCUGGCGGCCGGCGACGUGGGCGCGGAGGACGCGGAGCCGGCGCCCGACGCCACGCUCGCGCUCAACCUCGCCUUCAGCUCCAAGCGCACCAAGCUGCGCCUCACCGUCGCCAACGCGCCCAACCAUACAGGUGGCAGCGGCAGUGCGAGCGGCGCGGCGCCGGGCGAGGCGGACGCGGCGCACUGCGACGACGACCGCAAGAUGUACCUGCAGGCCGCCAUCGUGCGCAUCAUGAAGCAGCGGAAGGUGCUGCGCCACACGGAGCUGAUCCAGGAGGUGGUGUCGCAAGCUCGCGGCUCCUUCGCCCCCUCCGUCGCCAUGAUCAAGAAGUGCAUCGAGGCGCUCAUCGACAAGCAGUACCUCGAGCGAGCACCCGCCGCCCUCGACACCUACUCCUACCUCGCCUAGCUGAUGACAAGGUGGCGCUGUCCUGGGUACGAAUGCAAGGAACGGAACGUCAUAUCUUAUCAACGUCAUAUAACUGUCAUGUCGUAUAACGA